UUCCAUUCAUGGCAGGCAGUUUUCAUAAUGUAACAAUGCCUGCAUUAACUUAAUAACUCGAUAUUUAUGUAAACGUUGGCUGAUAGCCUUGAUCCUUCCAACCAGUUCCAUACCGCAAGCCUAAUUUCCGGAAGCACUCCAACGCUUGGAUCCUGCAAGAUGUUACAGCAUGUUUGGAUGGUUCCAUUGACUUAAAUCAUAACUAUUUUUCUGAGACCAGGACUUCAAAAGCAUGUAUUUGAAGACUUUUUAAAGGGCUGGGUCUGCGUGUUUCUGUUGGGACGCUGAGACUUGGGCCGUUCAGUUGCUCCGGUUCUGGCGACCACCAUCAAGAUGAAUGUUCAGGGCCAGAAUUUUCCUCUGGAUCUUGGAGGGAGCUUCACCGAAGAUGCUCCAAGGCCCCCAGUCCCUGGUGAGGAAGGGGAACUAAUUUCCACAGAUCUACGAUCGGUUGGCCAUGGUUUUUACUCUGGGAAAUGUGAUGUUCUCAAAGCGGAGACUUCCACUGCAACGCCAAGACGUCCUGACCUGGAUCUGGGCUAUGAGCCUGAGGGAAGUGCUUCCCCCACGCCUCCCUACUUGAGAUGGGCAGAGUCUUUGCACUCCUUGUUGGACGAUCAGGAUGGGAUAAAUCUGUUCAGGACUUUUCUGAAGCAAGAGGACUGUGCAGACUUGUUGGACUUCUGGUUUGCCUGCAGUGGCUUCCGGAAGCUGGAGCCUUCUGACUCCAAUGAGGAGAAGAGGCUGAAACUGGCAAAAGCUAUUUACAAAAAGUACAUUCUGGAUAAUAAUGGGAUUGUGUCACGGCAAAUCAAACCAGCAACCAAAAGCUUCAUCAAAGAUUGUGUAAUGAAACAGCUAAUUGAUCCUGCCAUAUUUGACCAGGCCCAAACAGAGAUCCAAUCCAUGAUUGAGGAAAAUACAUACCCACUAUUCCUUAAAUCAGAUAUUUAUUUGGAAUAUACAAGGACCGGUGGAGAAAGUCCUAAAGUGUACAGUGAUCAGAGCUCAGGGUCUGGGACAGGGAAAUGUAUGUCUGGUUAUUUGCCUACCCUCAAUGAGGAUGAGGAAUGGAAGUGUGACCAAGAAGUGAAGGAGGCAGCCAGUCGUGAUUCAGUCCCCUCCAGCAGGCUUACCCAACAGCUGCUUCUGGAAACAGCCACUCAGCGCGCAACAUCCUCAUCAAGACGAUACAGUGAAGGAAGAGAGUUCAGGCAUGGGCCUUGGAGAGAGCCAGUGAAUCCUUACUAUGUCAAUACAGGCUAUGCCCUCGCCCCAGCAACCAGCGCAAAUGACAGCGAACAGCAUAGCAUGUCCAGUGAUGCAGACACCAUGUCACUGACGGACAGCAGCGUAGAUGGGAUUCCACCAUACCGACUCAGAAAGCAGCAUCGUAGAGAGAUGCAGGAAAGUGCCAAAGCAAAUGGACGUGUGCCACUACCUCACAUUCCUCGUACCUACCGAAUGCCAAAGGAUAUCCAUGUUGAACCCCAGAAGUUUGCUGCAGAACUGAUAAAUCGCCUGGAAGAAGUCCUAAGGGACCGGGAAGCAGAGGCAAAACUGGAGGAGCGCCUGAAGCGUGUCAGAGCGGAGGAAGAAGGUGAAGAUGCAAACAUCUCCUCGGGCCUCUCCCUCAUGAGCCACAAGCUGCCCUCCACUCAGCUCUUGCCCCACUUUGCCCCUCGUUAUGCUGAGAUGCAGUUGAGGGAUGCUCACGAAGAGAACCCAGAGAGCAUUCUUGAUGAGCAUGUUCAGCGAGUCAUGAAAACACCUGGCUGUCAGUCACCAGGGCCUGGCCGUCACUCCCCCAAGCCCCGUUCCCCCGACAGCGGGCUUGCUGGAAAACUGCUGCACGGCAUGGCGGGAACAAUUCCACUGGGACACAGCAAGCAUGUGGCCAAAUCAGGGCUGAAGCUAGAUGCUGCUAACCUCCACCACCACAAGCACGUUUACCACCAUGUUGUCCACCACCACGGCACCCUCAAGCCCAAAGAGCAGCUGGAGGUGGAAGCCAGCCAGCGUGUGCAGGGCAGCUUUGCCUGGAAUGUGGAUGCUCACAGCUAUGCAACGAAAGCACGGGCCUACGGGGAAAGCGUCAACAUGGCCCCUGCUCCCAUGGAUUCCUUGGCCCACAGUGGGAAAGUUAGUCUGCUCUCAAAAAGAAACACCAAGAAAAUGGAUGUGGGGAAGAGUGAGGGUGCCAGCUAUGACAUGCCAGGCUCUCCGGAGGAUGUGGAGAAAAACCAGAAGAUCAUGCAAUGGAUCAUAGAAGGCGAGAAGGAGAUUAGCAGACACAAGAAGACAACGCAUGGGUCUUCAGGUGCCAAGAAGCAGCUGGCACACGAGGUGCCUCGCCCUGUCUCUGUCGAGCGCCCCAUGGCUGUGCACCCCUGGGUCAGCACGCAGCUCCGGAAUGUUGUGCAACCGUCACACCCUUUCAUCCAGGACCCGACUAUGCCUCCCAACCCAGCUCCCAACCCACUGACCCAGCUAGAGGAAGCCCGCCGGCGGCUAGAAGAGGAAGAGAAGCGGGCUGGAAAGGCGACCACAAAGCAGCGGUAUGUUCAAGAGGUUAUCCAGCGUGGUCGCUCUUCUGUCAGGCCAGCUUGUAUGCCAGUGCGGAAUGUGGUACCCGCCGUCUCCGACCUGGAUCUCUCCGAGUCCGAAAUGAAGCCGCAGAAGAGGCCAGGCGGCAGCUCCUCUCAGCCCUCGGAGAACAUCGUGGUAGCCUAUUACUUCUGUGGAGAGCCCAUCCCUUACCGCACCCUAGUCAAGGGGCGAGUGGUAACCCUGGGGCAGUUCAAGGAGUUGCUCACCAAGAAAGGGAAUUACCGGUAUUACUUUAAGAAAGUGAGCGAUGAGUUUGACUGCGGAGUGGUCUUUGAAGAGGUGCGUGAGGAAGAGGCCAUCUUGCCCAUCUUUGAAGAGAAGAUCAUUGGGAAAGUGGAGAAGAUCGACUAGCUCAAGAGGGAACGCAGAGCAGGUCAAGGCACUGCCGACUCCUUGCCAGCAUUCGGCCCCUGAGGCUGCCUGUGUCAGUGGUCUCCCCUCACUCGUUGCCUGUGGGACUUCCACAGCCCCGCUCAUUGUCAUGUAGCAUCUUUCUACCGUUGCAUUAAGGAGUGUAACACAAUUGUUUACUAAAGCUGCGUAUUUUUGAUACUGUGUAAUAAAAGGAAGCUUUUGGAAAUGACCGGUGCUCUUGUGCCAAGAGACACCAAAGGUGGCCUGAACCAGCCUGCUUCCUUGGAGGGGCGACUGAGGGGCAGGUGGGUGGGCAGGCAGGCAGGCAGGCAGGCACCUGUCAGUGGGAGCUGAAAGGAAGUUGUCUCCCUCUGAGGCUUUGCACGUUAUUUGCCCCAGGAGAUGGUGCUUCAUUUAGAGUGGUCCUUCCAUGCAACCCAGUCACUGGUGCUUCAGUGACAGCACCAGACUUGCUCUCAUGCCUUGGUUCAGAGCCUUCCCUGGUGUUGCAGGCUUGAUGACUAGUUCAGCUUAAGAGUGAUGAGGAAGGGCUGUGCAGAUUGGAUUGCCUGCUGCAUGAAGGAGUCUGGGUGUAGCCUGCUGACUUCGUAUCCGGUUGGUGCUUGCUUCAGUGAUGGGAGGCAGCUGAAAGAUUCUAGGCAGGAUGUCCUGCACCACCACCCCCAGCUGAUUCUGUGUCUGUGCACACAUCCCUUUGGGCCUCAACCCCCUGCCCCUCACUGAACCUUGUGGGACAUGAAGCCGGUCCCUAACUUGCCAAGGCCAUCUCUCUCGGUCUGUCCCACACCUGCUCUGUCUCAAUGUUCCCUGAUUAGUUCUGAUCAUGGCUGGUGUCUCUGUAGUGCUGCCUAACACUCCCUGCCUCCGUCGGCGUGCAUCAUACAGAGGUGCCAGGGCUGUGCAGGAUGUCCGUCCCCCACUGACGUCACCGAGUGCCUUGAACUCAGUUGUCCUCCUCUGGGGCAGGAAGAGCCCCACAGCUAGUUUGCUCCAGGGGAUCUGCUUGUGUUCUACAUCGGAAGGAUUUUUAAUGUGUAUUCUCCAGCAGUCACGGGUUUUUCAUUUUCCCUUUUUUCCCCAGAAGGGUUCAGUUGUAAAUAUGUACAUUUUCUAAACAAAGUAUCAGUGACCAGCAGUUGGGCUGACAGCUGGUGACUCCUGAACAUUUUUCACAUGCUGACUUGUACAAUUAUCUUUUGAAAGGUACUUGGAUGAUAAUGGAAUAAACCUUGCUGUUCAAAUA